UUUUCUACUCAGAAUUUGUUUGUAUCACAUUGUCCAUAUCCUGAUAGACUUGUAUUAUAUAUUGGGACAAGGGCAAUGAUUCGAAGGGAGGAGAAUUUUCUGCGAAGAGUGUUCAGAGUGAUGCACAGUGAAAACAAACAGAAAGUUUUAAGGUGAGGAGAUAGUCAGAGAAGAAGGAAGACAAGAGAGUGUGAUCGUUCAGUUCAGUUGUAAGAAAUCAUCAUCACAUUGUCUACCUCUGAACCCACUUUUCAUUCCCUUCAUCAUUCUGCACUGGAAACAACCCAAUUUCUCAGUCAGACGAUAGAAAGGGCAUUUUGGUCAAUUCCUUCUGUAUGGUUCCACUCACUUGAACACUACCAACCACAUUGCCUUUAUCUCCACCGGUGGAGGUGUUCUUCAUGGUCCUUGCUGACUUUUCUCUCGUCGACGUCGUUUUCUGCUGCGGCGGUGGGUGCAAAUCUAAGACAUAUCGAAUGAACAAAUUUGAGAGCGCAUCCAAUCGCACGGUUUCGCUCUCUUUCUCUCUCGUCCUAGUUCUCUACGUGGCUAGGGUCGCCGUAGCGGCGGCGCUGCUACUCCGUACGCCGCUGGAUAUAGGAGCUAGGAUGAAGGCGUAGACACUUCACAGAGAAAAAGAAAAAGAGAGAGUAUCUUCUGCAUUCUUACCUCUCUUCAAUCAUUUUGCUGUCAAUGAUAAAGUUCCACGUAUUGUGAAAACUAAGGAAGGACUCCUUUCUGUGUCCCUUGUCUGCCAUUCUCUCUUCCAUGAAACUACAACAUGACGAUGGAAGAUGAGUCCUUGGCAACAGUCCCAUUUGACAGGGCUAUUGAACAGGCAAUUGUGUCAAUAAAGAAAGGUGCAUAUUUACUUAAGUGUGGUCGUAGGGGAAAGCCGAAGCUCUGUCCUUUCAGACUUUCCCAGGAUGAGAGAAAUUUGAUUUGGUAUUCAGGACAGCAGGAAAAGCAUUUGCGAUUGAGUGUAGUUACAAAAAUUGUUCAAGGCCAAGAAAAUAUAAGGUCCCAGAGGCAAAAUGAACCCGAAAAGGAGUGCCAUUCAUUUUCACUAAUCUAUGCUAAUGGUGAACGUUCUCUUGAUCUGAUAUGCAAGGACAAGGCACAAGCUGCUUCUUGGUUUGUUGGCUUGAAAGCUGUCAUCUCUAGGUGUCAGCAUCCUAGAGCUUUUAGUAGUUUAAGAAGUUGCAAAGGUGUGCAGAGUUGUGUUAGUAGUCCUGCUGGGAUCUUACGAAGAAAGAAAAAUCUUGGCCUUUUGGAUGAUACCUCUCAGUUUACUCAGGUACACAGCUUAUGUGCAAGUCCUACUUUGUCACUUUCCGAAAGGUGCUUUUCUGAUGGCUUGUCAUGCACUUCUGAUAACCUAUAUUCAUCGACAUCUUUCCUCUCCAGCGCUCAUGGUGUAACGAAGAAUUCAGUGCCAAGUUCUCCAUACAUUGAUCCAGAGGUUCAUAGUAACAUUGAAUCAACUCGAACUGAUAAGGAGCACAAGAAGAAUUUGUCCUAUAGGCAUUUGACGCAUUCUACCUCUGUACAUUUAGGAAAAAGUAAUGUAUUGAAGGAUGUAAUGAUAUGGGGUGGAGGGAUUGGGUGUCUUGUAGGGAUUGUGAAUGAAAGGUUUGUUCAAGGUGGGGUCUAUUCUUUAGUGCCGAAGUUACUAGAAUCAACUGCAAUGUUAGAUGUACAGAACAUAGCUUUGGGAGGAAAACAUGCUGCCUUAGUUACAAAACAAGGGGAAGUUUUUUGUUGGGGUCAAGGAAAGUGGGGAAGACUCGGGCAGAAAAUUGAUAUGGACAUUAGCUCCCCAAAAAUAGUGGAUUCUCUUAAUGGUCUUCAUGUAAAGCACGUUGCUUGUGGUGAAUAUCAUACAUGUGCUCUGACAGAUUCUGGUGAAGUAUAUACUUGGGGAAAUGAUGUCUGCAGUGCAGAUUUAUUUAAUGAAGGGAGAACUAGAAGUCAGUGGAUACCUCAAAAUCUUGGCGGAUCCUUAGAUGGUAUUAGUAUCUCGAGUAUUGCUUGUGGAGAAUGGCAUACUGCGAUUGUCUCUAGUUGUGGGAGGUUAUUUACUUACGGAGAUGGUACAUUUGGGGUUCUUGGCCAUGGCGAUCUUCGGAGCUAUUCAAGUCCAAAAGAAGUCGAGUCUCUUAGUGGACUAAGGGUGAGGUCUGUUGCAUGUGGAUCAUGGCAUACAUCUGCUAUUGUUGAAGUUAUGAUUGAUCGUUUUAGGUACAAUAGUGCUAGUGGUAAGUUGUUUACAUGGGGUGAUGGAGAUGAGGGGAGGCUUGGUCAUUCAGAUAACGGAAGCAAGCUUGUACCAACAUGUGUUACACAACUUGUCGACUAUGAUUUUGUUCAAGUGUCAUGUGGAAGAAUGUUGACUGUAGCACUCACUAACAUGGGCAAGGUUUUUGCAAUGGGAAGUGCCAAAUAUGGACAGUUAGGAAAUCCACAUGCGAAGGAUAAAGCAGUCAUGGUUGAAGGACAACUCAAACAAGAAUUUGUUAAAGUUAUAUCAACCGGUUCAUAUCAUGUUGCUGUUUUGACUUCUGCAGGGAGUGUUUAUACAUGGGGCAGGGGUGAAAGUGGCCAACUGGGGUUAGGUGAUACUGAAGAUAGAUAUACACCUUGUUUGGUUGAGGCUCUGAGAGAUAGACAGGUAAAUACUAUCGCUUGUGGUCCAAGCUUCACAGCUGCAAUCUGUUUACACAAACCUAUUUCUAUUAGUGACCAAUCAACUUGUAGUGGUUGUAGGUUGCCAUUUGGGUUCACAAGGAAGAAGCAUAACUGCUAUAACUGUGGCCUUUUGUUCUGCCGUGCUUGUAGUAGUAAGAAGAUUAUAAAUGCACCUCUAGCCCCCAGUAAGAGCAAGGCUUUUAGGGUUUGUGAUCAGUGUUUUGAUAAACGACAGGGAGGUACACAUUCAAUAAUGGCAUCUAAGUCCAGAAAUUACAACAGUCAACAGUUGUUGAAGCAUCAACAAAAAAUUGCUGAUGUCACUGAAGACAGGGGAGAGACAACCGUGACACAAGGUCCUCUGCUAUCUUUUGGUCAAUCAUGUUACAGGAAAAGUAUGCCAAGUGGACGUAAGGAUUGGAAAAACCACCCCGAAAGCCAACAGGAUGUAGAAGAUAGUUCUUCUAUGCUAGGUGGAAUGCCGCAGUGGGGGCAAGUUCCAUGUCCUCCCAUAUUUAAAAUUAAUGGUACAGAAAAUCCAGUUGUUCAUGUUUCUUCAUCCAAAAAUAAAUUAGCCACAGUUUCUCCUUUUAGUAUGGAAUCUACAACAUAUAACUUCUCUAAUGUAGAGACAGAUACAACUAAAUCUGAGAAGAUGCUGCUUGAAGAAGUUCAUAGGCUGAGAACCGAGGCUAAGAGACUUGAAGAGCAAUGUGAGCUUAAAACUCAUAAAAUACAAGAGUGUCAACAAAAAAUACAGGAGAGUUGGUUUGUGGCAAGGGAGGAAGCUGCUAAAUGCAAGGCAGCAAAAGAGGUGAUAAAAGCUUUAGCACUAAGGCUUCAUACAAUAUCAGGAAAAGAUAACGCCGGGCAAGAAGCAAAAGUUGGACAACAUGAAUUUGUGCCUAAUCUGGCAACCAUAGUUACAGAUAUGAAGAGUCCAAGAGAUUACAGUGGGGACAGUCUAUCCAAUUCUCCUAUAGUAUUCUCUAACACAAUAAAAUCCAAAUUUGGGAGAAGCAUGUUUCCCAAAAAUGAAAAUUCUAACUUUAGUAGUGGUGAGUCUCAACAAGACAAUAUCAAUGGAUUGAAGGCUGACUGGGUAGAACAAUACGAGCCAGGUGUUUACAUCACAUUUACAACCUUACCAUGUGGGAAAAAGGGCCUUAAGCGAGUGAGAUUUAGUCGCAAGCGAUUCUCAGAGAAGGAAGCGGAAAAAUGGUGGGAAGAGAAUCAGAGCACGGUGUAUCACAAGUAUGGGAUUGAAGGAUAUAUAAACACCAGCCAAAAUCAGGUGAAAGGCUAAUUUUUACUGCCAUUCAUCUCUACCAGUUUUCACCAAUAGUUCUUAGUGGCUUUAGGUCUCAAAGAAAGAUCAAUUGUAUAGUCACAAAUAAUAGUGUCUUUGUUCAGCAUCUUGGGGCAUUCAUUCCGGUGUACAGUCACAAAUAACAACGUGUCUCUUAAUACCAUAAAAACACUAGAAUUUUAACUUUUUAUUUUUAUUUAUCCUUUUCUGUACUGGUUGUUGUUUGAGAGCGACAAAAUCCGACUUGAGGAUUUUUAUGAAUUGAUCCAAGUAAUGACUGCAAUGUCUUUAUUGCACGUUCUGUCCAACUUGACAGACACAUAAAACAGUCCACACGACAAGAAGACAGAAAGGGCACGUGCAUGCAUGCAUGCUUCUACCUUACUUUCCCAUCUUCUCUCAUUCCUCCCUCUUCCCAUUUCCAACUUCCCUGUCACCAUUCUCACUCAGACAUUCUACUUUUAUUCACUGUUAGGUUGUAUUUUUUUUCUUUAUAUUUAAGCAUAUUUUAUUUCUGUAAAAUAUGUUACGAUACUUUUUUUCAAUUUUUUUUCCCUGUGAAAAAACCUUGCAUUUGUUCUAAUAAGUAUUAGUUUCUCAAA